ACAGGGGCGCUGCGGGACCCAGCUCCGGCCCCGCGCUGUUGCCAGGCAACGCCUGACGACGCCUGCGCAUGCGGAUUGCGGAGGCCUCGCCGGCGAAGACUACAUCUCCCAGCAGGCCGUGCGGCUUUGUCCCGCCGUGCCUCGCCGCAGCGGGUCAGAGUUCGGGUUCGAGUGCCGGUGCUGGCGGGGGAUCGCGCGCCAUGGCGGAGGCAGCAGCGGCCUCCCGUCCGCCGCCGGACGUGGACAGCGAUGAGUGCCUCCGCGAGUACAGGCACCUCUUCAGUCCCGACAUCCUGGCGGGCCAGGUCGCGUUCAUCACCGGCGGCGGGUCGGGCAUUGGCUUCCGCAUCGCAGAGAUCUUCAUGAGGCACGGCUGCCGGACUGUCAUUGCAAGCCGGAACCUGCAGCGGGUGGUGGAGGCCUCCAAGAAGCUGGUGGCAGCCACAGGCCAGCAGUGCCUGCCUCUGUCCAUCGAUGUCAGGCAGCCCCAAACCAUCGUGGCAGCAGUGGAUGAAGCACUUAGAGAGUUCAAGCAGAUUGACAUCCUCAUCAAUGGUGCUGCAGGAAACUUCCUGUGCCCAGCCAGUGCCCUGUCCUUCAAUGCCUUCAAGACUGUGAUAGAUAUCGACACCAUUGGCACCUUCAACACCUCCAAAGUCCUCUUUGAGAAGUAUUUCCAUGACCACGGUGGAGUCAUUGUCAACAUCACUGCAACACUGAGCUACCGAGGGCAGGCCCUGCAGGUGCAUGCUGGUACUGCUAAGGCUGCCAUAGAUGCCAUGACCCGUCACCUUGCUGUGGAGUGGGGACCCAACAACAUCCGAGUGAACAGCCUGGCACCGGGCCCCAUUACCGGCACUGAGGGCUACCGGCGGCUUGGUGGGAAGUUUGCUGAGGAAGCAAGCCAUUUCGACACGAUACCCCUGCAGCGUGCAGGGAACAAGACGGAGAUUGCCCACAGCACGCUGUACCUGGCGAGCCCCCUCUCCUCCUAUGUGACAGGCACCACCCUGGUUGUGGAUGGUGGGAGCUGGCUGACCUCUGCCAACAGCUUCCCUGCCUUGCUGGGUAUUGCUUCAUCCUCUGCUAAACUCUAGAUUUCUGGGCUGCAGGAGCAAACAAAAAUCACUGAUGGACAGCCUGAGACUGACCGAUGGACAGGAACAGGACUGAACGCUGCUGUGCUGGGACACCUCGGGGUGCUGGCUCCCCAGUGGAGCUGAUGGCAGGUGCGGGGUGAUGCUGCUGAUCCUGCAUCAGCUGGGAGGCGGGAGCCCCAGCAGUGCUGUGGGGAGCAAGCCCACCCUUCACCCCACCAUUCUGUGCCAUUACUUCCCUCUGUGCUGAUGUGGCUGAGGGUGCAGGGACAGCACAGGGUGAGUGGGCUGUGUUCCAAGUUGUUCUCCUGACUUUUCCCAUGUCCCAGGCAGUGCCUCCCAUGGAUUAUCCAUCUUCCUCUUCUGUCCUCCAUCUCAGCCUGAGAGCUGCCCAGGACCCCCAACAGCAGCUUCUUUUGGGGCCUGGGGUUCAGUUCAGCCCUGGGGCCAGCUCGGCAUGGCAGGAGGAGCUGGUGGCUCUGGGAGGGGAAACAAGGGCCAGGCUGGCCCCUGGCAGCCGGAGUCUGACAUAGGGCAGUGGUCCCCAGAGGCUGCCAUGGAUGGUGGAUGCAGGAGCAGAGGUAGUGUGAGGUCACAUCCCAUUGGAGCUGGCUCUAGCUGCUGUGGGUCAUGGCAGUUAUCUCUUGGGAGCCUGAGGUCUCCAGUUGUCUGUCUGGCACCCAUCUGUCUGUCACGCCAGUGUCAGGCUGUCUCCUUCCUCCACAGGGACACUAUAGCUGAGGGUCAAUCAAGGGCUAGAUGAAAUCCUCUCCUUCCCUAGCAGGGUGCUGAGCUACCGAGUGGCUGGAGCUCAGCCCGUGUCUGGUGCCAGCACCUGGGGGGGGGGACACACUGUUGUGUGCAGCAGUCUGAUGCUGCUUGACAGCAGUUUUUAAGCUUAUCCUGAAUUCCAUGAAGCUUUUCCUACUUGAUUGUUUCCUACUUCAUUGUAGACUUGCCAGGUUUUGCUCCUUCCUCCAGGCCAUGAAUAAAGAACUUCCACCCUGA